GACUUUCUCCAGGAUCAUCCGUCUCCAACUUGGCCUUUGAGGUCUCUCGGUGGUGCAUCCAUUGCUGUCGUAAUCGGGUCCAUCCACCUUGCUGCUGGUCAUCAUCUUCUCUUUCCCCUUCAGCUUUCCACAGCAUUAUGGACUUCUCAAGGGGAGCCGGGUUUUCCUUACAUAUAUUUUAUUUAUUUAUUUGAUUUAUAUAGCGCCCUUCCAAAAAUGGCUCAGGGCGGUUUACAGCGGUUUAUAGUAGCUAGGUGCUACUUCUGGGACAACGGACGAUAGGGCAUCCCAUCUCUUCUCUCACCACCACCCCAUCUUCGUCUGCUGCCAAUCAAGAUACACAGAAUGCAAGCAUUUCCGGGGAUGAAAGUUCUCCAUUGCCUGCAACAAACCAAGGAUAUGUUCUCCCGGAAGGGAAAAUCAUGCCAAAUACAAUUUUUGUAGGCGGAAUCGAUAUAAGAAUGGAUGAGACAGAAAUUCGGAGCUUCUUUGCAAGAUAUGGUACUGUUAAAGAAGUGAAAAUAAUCACUGAUAGAACUGGUGUGUCCAAGGGAUAUGGAUUUGUAUCCUUUUUGGACAACGUAGAUGUUCAAAAAAUAGUGGAAUCGCAAAUAAACUUCCAUGGGAAGAAACUAAAACUAGGACCUGCAAUAAGAAAACACCCAAACUUAUGUGCCUAUCAUGUACCACCUAGACCAGUGCUCAUUAAUUCUCCAACACCUCAGUUCCACAGUGUUUGGAGUAACCAAGAAACAUAUAUGCAGCCUCCAGCUAUGAUGAGUCCUGUAACACAGUAUGUUCAGGCAUAUCCUUAUGGUUCACCAGCUUUAGUAAUCCAGCAGCAAGUUCCCAUAGGAUACCAGCCUACUUAUAAUUACCAGGUUCCGCCACAGUGGCCUCCUGGAGAGCCAAGAAAUUAUAUUGUGCCUCCGGCUUAUACCACAGUGAAUUAUGGUGGUGAAUUGGAUGUAGGAACUGAACAAGCUGAAUGUUCUAUGGCUGAAGCUACACAGUCAUGUGGAAAUAGUCCACAAAAGAAAUCUGUGGACCGAAGCAUACAGACAGUGGUGUCAUGUCUGUGUAAUCCAGACAACCGGUUGAGGAACAAUAUUGUAACUCAAGAGGACUACCUUAAGGAGAAGAGGGCACAUCAUUUUAGAAGAAGCAGAGCUGUACUUAAAACUGUUUGACUUAAAUGGCAUAGACACACAAGACCUGAAGACCUCCUAUUCUACUGUCAUCUAGUCUGUUGGGGAAAAAAGUUUUUUUUUAAGCAAAAAAUCCCACAGCCCUUGCAAGUUAAUAUAGCAAGCAAACCAUGCUUGAUAAUUAUGUAGCUUGUAUUGGCAGAAGUUGGCAGUUGGAGUUUUUGUUUCAAUGUUUGUAUGUUAAUGUUUGAAGUUUGUAAGUUUAUAUCGUUCAAGGUUUUGUAUGUUCUGUCUUUCUCAGUGUUUCAAUGCUCUUUACAGCAAGAAACUAUCUAGUUAAUAGUUGGUAGUUAUCAUUAUUUAAUUUUUAAGGCAUGUAUAGAAAUACUAAGUUGUGUUGUGUGUUUACUGCAUGUUUUCACUUAGAAUACUGCUAAUAUUUUAACUUCAGUCAUUUUUACUAAUCCCACCUACAGUUUGAAGGGCUUUAUUAUUAUUUUUGCCAGAGGUAGUUUUAAACUGUACUUGAAUCAGGUGAAUAAGCAGACAUCCAGUUGUUGUUAAGGCAUCCAAUUAGUGCCUUAAGUACAUACUCAGUACAGUAUUACCUUAACAAUCCAAUCAGUGGGGACUUCACUAGCUGUUCAGUCUAGCUGUAGACUAUCUGAGAACUGAUAAUUAAAAGUGUACUCAAAGCUGUAACUAACAGUAUUAACUCUGUGGGGAGUUACACUUUUUUAUAUACUGAGCCUACUAAUGUGUUGUAACUUAAAUUGUGGAAAGGAUGACUACUUAAAUGUGAUCUGUAUUUUUAAAAACUGGUCACAAACUUCAAAUCAAAGAAUUGGUAAGGAACUGUUUAAUUAUGUAGACUUCCGUUUUAUAUCGGUAGAAUUCCACAAAAUAAACUCUUCUUGCGGUGUA